CCGCCUUCUUUUUGUUUAGGUUCUGCUUCCCAAGUCUCUCAAACGCAGCAGCGCCUCCCUCCCUUCCUUCUUUCCAACACUGCUACUAAUUCCGCUUACUUAAACGUCGUCGUUUCACUUUCACUCCCACCUCCUUCGUAACUCUUCCACUCUUGGUCUCUCUUCACUUAACGCAACGACCAAAGCCAAGCCAUGGUUCUCUCGAUCGAGGGUGCUUCGAAUUCUGUUGAGGAGGUUGUGUUCAGUUUCUACACGGAUGAAGAGGUGAAGAAGAACAGCCGCGUCAAGAUUACAAACGCUAACUUGCUUGAUACUAUCGGUGCCCCCGCUCCUGGUGGUUUAUAUGAUCCAGCUUUGGGUCCAUCCGAAGAGAAAUUGCCUUGUAAAACAUGUGGUCAAUUGUAUCACCUUUGUCCAGGUCAUUUUGGUCAUAUAGAGCUUGUUUCCCCUGUCUACAACCCCUUGAUGAUCAGUCUUCUUACAAAUAUUCUACAAAGAACUUGUUUCACUUGCUGUCAUUUUAGGGCUAAUAAAGAACUGGUGGAAAAAUGUAGUUCCCAGUUGGAGCUUAUUAUGAAAGGGGAUAUCAUUGGGGCAAAAAGAUUGGAUUCAAUUAAUAAAGAUGAAUCCAUGUAUCAAAGUGAUGAUGAUGAUAAAAGCCAGUCUUGUAGCUCUGAACAGCGGGGAGAAAGUUGGACCUCGCUGCAGUUCGAAGAGGCAAUUUCUAUUGUACAGAAGUUUUUGAAGAAGUCUUCUAAAAAAUGUCAACGGUGUGGUUCCAUUAAUCCUAAAAUUAGCCAACCAACCUUUGGAUGGUUCCGUAAGGAUGGUCUGUCAGCUGCUGAUGCUAGAGCAAAUGUCAUAAAUUCUGAUGAUACAAUCUUGGCAAGUGAGACUAUAACCAAUGACAGGGAUGCAACAUAUGAAGAGGAUAUCAACUCUGCUGGGACCAAGAAAAGUGAUGCAAAAAGGCACAAGUUGUCUUACAAGCUUGCUGAGCAAAAUCGACUUUCUGGUCCUUUGUUACCAUCGCAAGUUAAAAUGACGUUAGAACUUUUGUGGAAAAAUGAGGCUCGACUCUGUUCCUAUAUUAAUGAUAUUCAAGGUCAGGGAUAUGGAAAGAAAGCAGGGCACUCAAUGUUCUUUCUUGAGAAUAUUUUUGUUCCACCAAUCAAAUUCCGCCCUCCCACUAAAGGAGGUGAUUUGGUAUCGGAGCAUGCUCAUACUGUUUUGUUGGGUAAGAUUCUGCAGUCUAACAUAAGAUUAGGGAAUGCCCAUCUAAACAAGAAGGAUCCCUUGAUGGUUUUAGCCAGGUGGAUGGAACUUCAGCAAUCUGUAAAUGUGCUCUUUAACAGUAGCACUUCUGGCCAAAGAGAUGCAAGUAAUGGAAUUAUUCAGUUGUUGGAGAAGAAGGAAGGCCUCUUCCGCCAGAAAAUGAUGGGAAAGAGGGUUAAUUUUGCAUGCCGCUCUGUCAUAUCACCGGAUCCUUAUUUAGCAGUGAAUGAAAUUGGGAUUCCCCCAUAUUUUGCUCUAAGGUUAACAUAUCCUGAGAGAGUUACUCCUUGGAAUGUAGUGAAGUUAAGGAAUGCUAUUCUUAAUGGUCCAGAAAUCCAUCCAGGUGCCACACAUUAUGGCGAUAAAUCAUCAAUAGUAAAGCUUCCACCAAAAGGGAAGUUGCUUGCUUUGACAUCGAGGAAAUUACCAUCAUCAAGAGGGGUUAUCAUGCAUAAUGGAAAGAUAUGCGAUCAAGAAUUUGAAGGAAAAAUUGUGUAUCGCCACUUGAAGGAUGGUGAUGUUGUGCUUGUCAAUAGACAGCCUACACUUCAUAAACCUAGUAUAAUGGCGCAUAUAGUUCGUGUUCUGAAGGGGGAGAAAACAGUGCGUAUGCACUAUGCGAACUGUAGUACUUACAAUGCUGAUUUUGAUGGUGACGAGAUUAAUGUGCAUUUUCCACAAGAUGAAAUUUCCCGUGCUGAAGCUUACAAUAUUGUAAAUGCCAACAACCAAUAUGUGAAGCCUACCAGUGGUGAUCCAAUAAGAGCCUUGAUUCAGGAUCAUAUUGUAAGUGCUGCCCUUCUAACAAAAAAGGAUACAUUUUUAAGCUGUGAAGCAUUCAAUCAACUUCUCUACAGUUCUGGUGUAUCCAUGCCUAUGGUGGGAUCUUUCUAUGCAAAACCUGGGCAGAAAGUUUUCACAUCAACUUCCGAGAGUGAAAUGUUUUUGUUUCCUCCAGCCAUAUGGAAGCCAGAGCCCCUUUGGACAGGAAAGCAGGUCAUUAGUGCAUUGUUAUACUAUGUCACUAGAGGUUCCCCACCAUUUACAGUUGAGAAGAACGCGAAAAUACCAGCUAAUUUUUUCAAGACUCGAAACGGAAACACUAAAGGACGAACCACUGAGAAGUCAAGUAAGAUGAAGGAUGAGCCUGAUGAGGAUAAAUUGUUGAUAUAUAGAAAUGAUUUGGUGUGUGGCGUGGUUGAUAAGGCUCAAUUUGGUGACUAUGGUAUAGUACAUACAGUACAAGAACUUUAUGGCUCAAACAUUGCGGGAAACCUUCUUUCAGCGUUUAGUCGUUUAUUCACAAACUUCUUGCAGAUGCACGGCUUCACAUGUGGAGUUGAUGAUCUACUGAUAACAGAAAGAAAGGAUGGUGAAAGAAUGAAUCAACUCAAAAGCUGCGAGGAAAUUGGUGACAUUGUUCAUCGGGAAUUUGUCGGAGUCAUGGAAGGUGAUAAUAUAGACCCAACCACACUGCAGUUGAAUAUUGAGAAAAAAAUACGCAGUAAUGGAGAUGCAGCCUUAACAUACUAGAUGAUAAGCAGUCUUAACUCCAAAACAAGCUCAGGAGUUUUAAAGGAGCUAUUAUCCGAAGGUAUAUGGAAACCUUCUGGGAAAAAUUGGAUUUCUCUUAUGACCACAUCUGGAGCCAAGGGUAGUAUGAUUUUAGCAGUUGAUGAUGUAGAACUAGUUAGUCUGAUUGUAUUUUCAGUGUUAAAUAUCACUUUAUUCACUGUCAAUUUCCAGCAGAUAUCUUCUCAUUUAGGCCAGCAAGAGUUGGAAGGAAAACGAGUUCCACGCAUGGUUUCUGGAAAGACUUUGCCAAGCUUUCCUCCCUGGGAUUGUUCCCCUAGAGCAGGAGGGUUCAUUAUUGAUCGUUUUCUCACAGCCCUUCGUCCACAGGAAUAUUACUUUCAUUGCAUGGCAGGGCGUGAAGGGUUGGUUGAUACUGCAGUUAAAACUUCUCGGAGUGGUUACCUGCAAAGAUGUCUAAUGAAAAAUCUUGAGUGUCUCAAAGUUAGUUAUGAUCACACUGUUCGUGAUUCUGAUGGUUCAGUUAUUCAAUUUCGUUAUGGAGAAGAUGGCGUAGAUGUCCAUCAAACCAGCUUUAUUACCAAAUUUGAAGCCUUGUUGAUUAAUAAUGAACUGGUUUACAGCAACUGUUGCCGUGAGCUUGACAGAUCCAGUCCUUAUAUUAGCAAGUUGCCUGAUGCUCUUAAAGGAAAAGCUGAAAACUUCAUUCGUCAUUUUUCUUCAAAGAAGAGAAAUCGUAGUUCAUUGAAACGAUCAGAUUUCUUGAAGUUGAUGGAGCACAAGUAUGUGUCAAGCCUUGCGCAACCAGGAGAGGCAGUUGGUGUUUUAGCCUCUCAAUCUGUCGGGGAACCAGCAACACAAAUGACCUUGAAUACUUUUCAUCUUGCUGGUCGAGGGGAAAUGAAUGUGACUCUUGGAAUUCCGCGUCUGCAAGAGAUCGUGAUGAAUGCCUCAGAACAUAUACUAACUCCAUUUAUGACAUGCCCCUUGAGAGCUGGCAAAUCGAUGGAAGAUGCGAUUUCUCUUUCCGAUAAGUUGAAGAGAAUAACUGUAGCUGACAUUAUUGAAAGUAUGGAAGUGUCUGUUGUACCAGUAGUUGUUUGUAAUGGUCAGAUUUGCAGAGUAUAUAAACUUGUGAUGAAGCUAUAUAAACCUAAACACUAUCCGAAAUACACGGAUAUAACACUUGAAGAUUGGGAGGACACACUAAGAGUUCUCUUUGUGAGGGAGUUGGAGGAUGCCAUUGAGAAUCAUGUGGCACUGCUUUCCAAAAUUGGUGGCAUUAAAGAUUUUAAGACACAGAAAUCCACCACAAGUAGCUCAGAUGAUGUAGACGGCAAUGAAACGGAUACUGCAAAGAAAGGCCGGAGUAAUGAUGACGAUGACGAUGACGAUGGUGGGGCUGAUGACACAGAAGGGGAUGAGGAUCUUGGUUUUGAAGCACAGAAGAGAAAACAGCAAGUUACUGAUGAGGUUGAUUAUGAAGAUGAUCCUGAAGAUGAGACACGUGAUAAUGAGUUAUCAGAAGUAUCUGAUGGUGAUUAUGGUGGAAGUGAUAACGAGGAUGAUAAGAACAUCAAACUUGAUGCCCGUGAUUCUCAAGGACUUGAAGACCUGGCAGAGCCUGAUGGGGAUGUCUCACCUCCUGAAAAAAUUGAUCGGAAAUCUAAGCCCAAAUCUAGUGGUGAAAAAGAGAAGAAAAAAUCUGGACCAAUAAGAAAGAAAUAUGACAGAUCAAUUUUUGUGGAAGCAAAAGGGAUGCAUUUUGAGAUCCACUUCCAAUUUACUCACGAACCACAUAUUUUAUUGGCUCAGAUUGCUCAGAAAACUGCCAAUAAGGUUUGCAUCCAGAAGUAUGGAAAGGUUGGCCAAUGUAAGGCUGUUACUUGCAAAGAAAGUGGAGUAAUCUACUACGGCGACAAUCACCGUACAAGGGAAGAUAUCCCUGCUGCCGAAUUGGAAAAAAUAGCAGCACUUCAAACUUCUGGUGUGAAUUUUCAAACAUUUUGGGACUUGGAAGAUCAUCUUGAUGUAAGGUACAUUUAUUCCAACGAUGUCCAAGCUAUGUUAAAGACUUAUGGUGUGGAAGCAGCCAGAGAGACCAUCAUCAGGGAAGUUAAAAAUGUCUUCAAGUCUUAUGGAAUAUCCGUAGACAUCCGGCACUUGAUGCUUAUCGCUGAUUUCAUGACUUUCGCUGGUAAGUAUCGUCCGAUGAGCAGAUCCGGGGGCAUAGCAUUCUCUACUUCCCCUUUCCUCAAGAUGUGCUUUGAGACGGCCUCCAAGUUCAUCGUCGAAGCAUCUUCUCACGGCCUGGUUGACACCUUGGACACUCCGUCUUCUAGAAUUUGUCUUGGUUUGCCUGUGAAGAUGGGAACCGGUUGCCAUGACUUGUUACAGAAACUGGAAAUAUAA